AUGAAGACGAUCCAUCGACCAGGCGUGGCUAGCACAAUCAAGGCUGCCAGUCGGUCUGGCGGCGUGGGAUGCAACAGUGGCAGAGCAUCAAACACGCAAACCCAGCAUCAGCGGCAGUGUGUCCGCAGCUUCAGCAAUGCGCCGCGUACGACUCCGCUGUCUGCCUCGAGCGGACGACAACGACCGACAGUGCAGAGGUAUGGCCAGCGCGCUGCGAGAGCGACAGCACCGGCCGCACAAGCGAAAAGAAGCAUAUUCAUUCAGACCGAGGACACACCCAACGCCGAUGCGCUCAAAUUCAUUCCUAAUCACCAGGUUCUACCCGAAGACUUCCCCUCAUCCUUCGUAGAGUACCUCUCCCCGCGAUCCACGUUGGCACCUCCGAAUCCGUCGCCGCUUGCCUCUUCGCUCAUGAACGUCGAUGGUGUGACUGGCGUGUUCUACGGCAGAGACUACAUCACCGUCACCAAAGACAGCUCCACGCCCUGGGUGCAUGUGAAGCCGGAGGUCUUCAGCCUCAUCACCGAGGCGGUCACGAAUGGCCAGCCCAUCGUGAAUGUAGUGGAGGGCAAGACAGGCGAGGAGGGACAGUCAUCUGGCGAAGCAGCGACAUACGAUCCCGAGGACGAAGAAGUCGUCGGCAUGAUCCAGGAGCUGCUAGAGACACGCAUUCGACCUGCAAUUCAGGAAGAUGGUGGAGACAUAGAGUUCAGAGGCUUUCACGAUGGUCAGGUCAUGUUGAAGCUGCGUGGCGCUUGCAGGACUUGCGACAGCAGCACUGUAACGCUCAAGAAUGGCAUUGAAAGUAUGCUCAUGCACUACAUCGAAGAGGUCAAAGGUGUGCAACAAGUCAUGGACCCGGAAGAGGAAAUUGCAAUGCAAGAGUUUGCCAAGUUCGAGGAGAAACUACGGUCACAGAAGGGAGAGGCGCCUCCGACUGGAACAAUCGACAAUGUCGCUGGUUGAGGCAGGAAUGAGUCAUUCCAAGUUCUGUACAGCGUCCAGCCUCGCACCAAGGGUAGGUGGUAUAUAUCGCCUCCUCGGCCUACAGAUCUGCACUCUGCCACGCACGGCAAUGCUCUAGACGACCAUCGCGUGAGGCAUCAAUCUGGACAUCAUCAUGCUCCGUGGGUAGAUGGCACGAGCAUAGCGUUGUACAGAGUACAGUAAUAAGAGUAGUGCUAGCCGUAAGACUUGGUUAGAAUAGGCGGUGUGUUCGCAGCUAAACGACCACCACCUCCGUGCCGAGGAUAAAAAUGUCUUCGGCUAUGAUACGAGCGAGAGAAGUGAAAACGACCGGUCCGAAGCGCGACAAAGCUGUUGGGCCUCCUGCAAACCGUGCCGUGGCUGCUUGCAUUGAGAUUGUCGCCAAAAGUCCGCAGCUUCACACACCUGCUCAACGCCAAUUGAUGCAACCCCCACCCGUGUGCAACCAUGAACACUGGUUGGAAGUUGCAAG